CAACGUCUAGUACCGGACUCUAUAUGCAGCAGCUGUGUUGACAGCAACUCUAUCAGUAAAACAUACUCAGUCGCGGUCUGAACCUGUCAAAACUAUAUGAACCGAUAUUCUGUCUGAGUUUCUCGUAUGUGUCACGAUCCUAUUUGACUUGAAGAAAGGUAUCAAUUUACAGUAACCAUGGAGACAUCUAGCCUAGAACGUGAACUCAUCUGUCCAAUUUGCCAGGACUACUUCACAACGCCAUUGUCGUUGCCAUGUCAACAUAAUGUCUGCCACAGAUGCGCUAAAGAGCAGGUGCUCUCCCUAGCAACCACCGUUGGCAGACAAGAGCAUAGUUCAUCUGAGAGCCUUGCAACCAGUCCAACGAACUCUGUGGCGUCCCUUCCGGUAACACCAUCUCGACCCCUGUCUCGGAGCAAUUCACGUUCCUCCUUCCGGAGGAGGUCGACGAUCAGUGGAGCGCCCUCUGGGGCUGGCACACCUGGUCGAACGCCCUCGAGGCAGACGGAAUCGCCUGUGAAUAGCCCACGAGGUACUACGUCAUCGAAGGGAAAGUCAUGUGUCCAUGCUUCCAAAUUCUUUUGCCCAACAUGCCGAGAAAACGUGGAGCUGGGUGAGAAGGGUUUGAAUGGACUUUACCGAAACUUUGCUUUGGAGGUCAUCGUUGACAGGUUCAAGCUAGCCGCCAAGAAGGCAGCAAGUAUCCCGUGUGGACUAUGUAAGGUUAAACCUCCUCUAGAUGCAACCAAAAGCUGUCUGGAUUGCAAAGUUAGCUACUGCAACGAAUGUUAUAAGAACUUCCAUGUGUGGGGAACUUCAAGGGCCCAACAUGAACAUAUUGGACCGACACAUAACUUCAGACCAAAGACGAUUACCUGCACUGAGCAUCCAACCGAGAGGGUGACGAUGUAUUGUGAUGGCUGUCAGAAACCAGUCUGCCACCGGUGUAAAUUCAGCGGCACUCACGCCAAACACAAAAUGUCCAUCAUUGAGAGAAAAUACACCCUUGUUAAGGAGAAACUAGAGAGUUAUCUCGCCGCAAUCAGAGGGAAGCGGGAGGCAAUAAGGAACAGCGUAGACGCCCUCAACGGCCUGAGUGGCAAAAUAGAGGAAAAUGGCGGCAUUGCACGGGACCAGCUCGCCACUUCACUGGCCACUCUACAGGCCACCUUGGCAGACCGUAGGUCAAACCUCUCACAGGCCACUGAAGCAGAAAUAGGUCGUAGAGUAGAGGCAGUCCAAACACAGCUCAAGAGCUAUCAAGACAUCUUGAAGGGAUGUAGCGUGGUGGAUCUAGCACAGGAAAUGUUGAAAGAGACAGAUAAGGCUUGCUUUGUGCAGGCUGCUAGGCCAAUACUUGGACGACUGAUCGAAACUGUAAAGGUCAUAAAAGAGGCGGAACUUAGUCCUGUCCACGCCUACCAUGAUUUCAACAACUUCACUAUCGACAAUGAGGGUGCAUUUUACGCCCUUACGAAUCUCAGCUUUCAUAAAGCACCUGAUGCUCCAAGCCUAUCCACUAAGAGAUGUCAAUCAUACAACCAUGUGACCAUCGAGUGGGACCCGCCCACUGGGAACUCCAAAGCCGAUACAUAUCGAUUAGAGUACCGUAAAUUGAUUCGAAACGACGGCGGGACCAAGCCGCCCACUCCGACCACUCUGUCCAGGGAAAACACGUUCAGUAGCCGGAGCGACUCGGGCUCGGACGAUUUGUGGACGUCAGUUGAGGACAUAAAACAAUGCAGAUUUGUCCUUACUGACCUCGAGCCAGAGAGUAGAUAUAAGGUCAGAGUUCGUGGCGAGAAUCUGGCUGGAAAGGGAGAGUACAGCAAGAGCGUAGUAAUCAGAACAGUUCCUGCCCCAGUUUUAUCUUUUAAAUGGACAUCAUGUCAACCCAACGGAACUCAUGGACCCUCCAUCAGUAAAGAUGGUUCCAGAGUCACUGUUCGUCCCAACCAUCUCUUCUCGCCCUUCAGCAGUCCAAUCCCCUCCUCUCCCAUCACACUUUCUCCUGCCUUCUGUCUCGGCGACCGGAAGCUCACAAAUGGACGUCACUACUGGGAGGUCAUUGUCGACCAAUCACCAUGCGCUGUUCAAAUCGGCGUCAUUAGUGAGAGACGAUCACGCAGACUCGGUGACUCCAUCAGUAGUCACACAGAUGGUGACAGCGGCCAUGAUAGUUGCGAGGAGCUAGAAACCGACCGGGGUUCGCGAACCGAUCCCACGGUGUUGAUUAACUAUUACGGAGGGAAGGUUUUCCUCCCAGGUGAAUCAACAAAGAGCAGUAAAAAGGCAGGGAUCAACGGUAAUAAGCACAGUGUUCACACGCUGACGUCAAGCGCAGUCGGAGUUUGUGUCGAAGCUGACAAGGGACGCGUGUCUUUUUUCGACGGGGAAAAUAAGGAGAGUUUCCACUGCGUAAAUGUAAAAUUAGAGGGCGCUGUUUAUCCAGGCAUAGUCGUUGUCGGUCCUGGUAUCGUUAAAUUACGGCAGUUAGAGGAAAAUGAAUUUAUGGUGUGAGUUACCAGUAGAAAAAUAGAAAGAUAAGAAUAAGAACUGAACCGUGAGAACGAAUCUGCUCUUGUGGUUAAAACCUUGCCAAGUUUAGGUUGCCAAAUAGCUUCAGAAAAUGCCAGCGUCAUACAAGUUAAUGGAAAACUAUAAAGACGGAAUAGGGGCCUAAGUAGUGCAGGCAAGCUAAAAUUUAUCAGCAUUAAAAAUCAUUUACUUAAUACGAUAUAGGGCUGAGUAUGAUUGUCGCUUUUUGAUAUAGGCGAACAAAUCCAAAGUGCCUAUUUUACGCUUCAAUUCAACACUGACUUCGAUAUGCAUAAAUAGACAAAGUUAACGUUAGGGUAAGACUUUGACAUAUACAAACAAUUCGCACAUUAUUUAUUUUAACUAUUUUUACUAUGUGUAUGAUAUACAGCGGACAUGUGACUUGUGAGGGGGGCUAAAGUGUUGUCUACAUUUUAACUUUUAAGUUUUUAAGCUAUUUUCUCCGUGACUAACAUUUAAAAUGUAACUCCACUAUACACGUAGAUGAUAUUGAUAAAAAAGGAUUAAACUACGCUACAUGACAGAUGGACUUGAAAUUUGGAUUCAGCCAAAUUUGUAAGAUUUAAUGCGACAACAAAAAGUUCUUAUUUACUUGGAAUCUCUAUUCUCUUAUUUCGGUUUUAUAUUUGCGGUUUGCACUGAAUUAUGGCAACUCCAGAAGCAUGCUAAAACUAAUUGCUUGUAAACUAUAAAGUCACUGAUCUAUUCUGUCUGGAGUAAAAAUUAUGUAGUUAUUUGUUUUUUUGGUUCAAAUGUUUUGCUGUGUGCUUCCCACCGGACUUUGUGCAGUGUUUUUAACUAGUUUUAUCAAACUUCACUGUUGUAUUCAAUUAUUUUUAAAGGUUAGUUGAUUUUGGGCAAUUAACAGCCUCUGUGGCAAUUUUGUAUAUCAAUUGUUGUUUUUGACGCAGAAUGAUUUUACUAAAACCAGCGAUGUUGUUUGCAUCACUGCAUCACAUUUUCUGCUCAGCAGAGUUCUGUUUGUUAAGUUGGUAAACAAUUUAUACAAAACACCAAACACUGAACAAAUGUAACGGUUCAGCAAGUUAAGUCUCUUAAAAAUAUAAAUACGCAUGCAAAAGAAGAAAAUGCGAAAGGCGUAAUUUUAAUUUGUGUGGCUGACUAAGUGGCUCAUAUCCACGUACUAGUACUGGUUGGCUCUUUGGUUGGCACUUCUGCACACUUCUGCACACGUAAAGUCACACGUAAAGUGCACACGUAAAGUCACACGUAUACUACUUUUCUCUGCAUAUUUAGCAUUUUGGUCCAGGAUGAUGCGAGAUGGCGAAUAGUCGGUCUUAUCUGUCGCUGACGUUUCGAUAUCAAUUUAAAUUGUAUACUGUGCACUUUUAAUAGUUACAGAAUAAUGAUUAAUAAUUUGUAAACAUUCAAGAUCUAUGAUAUUACGCCCCCCCCCCCUUUUUUACAAAGCAUCCAGCAGCUCGAUCUUGUUUCGGCAAAAGGAAAAAAGUAAUAAGGCCUGUUAAAAAUUAAUGGCUAG